CGCCAUUCCCGCCGUGCCCCGCGCCCCGCAUCCCCGCCCCGGCGGCCGGGGGCAUCGCGGCGCUGCGGGCUGGCGGCGGGCAUGGCGCUGGAGGCGCGGCGGAUGGAGGGGGACGUGGAGGACGGCGAGCUCUCCGACUCGGACUCCGACAUGCCCGGGGCCGGCUCCCCGGGGGGACAGCAGCAGAAAUCUCAUGAUGGCAGUAAUUCAGGCAGACCUUUCCAGAGCAGCAUUUCAUCCUGUGCACCAAGCGUUCCUUAUCGAACAACCAAAAGUGUGGAUUCAAGUGAUGAAAGCUUUUCCGAAUCUGAUGAUGACAGCUGUCUGUGGAAACGAAAGCGACAGAAAUGUUUCAACCUUCCUCCUGCAAAGCCUGAGCCUUUUCCACUUAGCCAGAGCCACCAAAAACAAACUGCUGUAGGUGGUAAGAAGGUCAACAAUAUUUGGGGUGUUGUGCUUCAGGAGCAGAAUCAGGAUGCAGUGGCUACUGAACUUGGGAUUCUAGGGAUGGAUGGCAGUAUUGACAGAAGCAGGCAGUCUGAGACUUACAAUUAUUUAUUGGCUAAAAAGCUGAUGAAGGAAGCUCAGCAAAAGGAGGCAGAGACGUUAGAUAAAGAACUGGAUGAAUACAUGCAUGACGACAAGAGAACAACUCCAGCAGAAGAGGAAAAUGGACAAGGCUUUCUCAAACGGAAGCGGCCUGUAAAAGAUAGACUGGGUGAAAGGCAAGAAAUGAAAUAUAAAGGAAGGUAUGAAAUAACAGAAGAAGAUUCAGAGGAAAAAGUGGCGGAUGAAAUAGCUUAUCGACUUUGUGAGCCAAAGAAAGAUUUAAUUGCCCGAGUAGUGAAAAUAAUUGGAAAGCGAAAAGCCAUUGAACUGCUCAUGGAAACAGCCGAAGUGGAACAAAACGGUGGACUGUUCAUAGUGAAUGGUACCAGGAGGAGAACACCAGGGGGUGUUUAUUUAAACCUGCUGAAGAAUACACCCAGUGUCAAAGAAGAACAAAUCAAGGAAAUAUUCUAUCUGGAAAACCAAAAGGAGUAUGAAAACAAGAAAGCUGCAAAGAAGAGGAGAAUACAAGUUCUAGGAAAGAAGAUGAAAAAAGCCAUCAAAGGGCUUAACCUGCAAGAAUACGAUGAUGCAUCUCGUGAGACUUUUGCUAGUGAUACAAAUGAAGCUCUGGCUUCUCUGGAUGAUUUACAGGAUGGACACCAUGAAGCAAAAAUGGAACCUGAAGAUAUUAUAGAAAUUGAUAAUGCUCAUGAUUUGGAGAUCUUUUAGUUCACAGUGAUAACAGUCUCCAUGAAACACAUUAAAUGAGUGUUUCUUAUUAUCCCAUGACUUCAUGUUUUCGUAAGUUGCAGAAACAUGGGAAAUAUUUGAUGGUGAAGAAAGUGACAUAAUUCCUAGCUAAAUUUAACAGCAUGAAACGUUAGUUGUCCUGUUAUUUGUUUGCUAAGUCUUCAAAAACUGAUAAGAUUUUUCUAGAUGACAACUGCAUCACUAUGUUUGUCCCUUAGGAACUUCUUUCUAGCCAUAUAUUAAAUUUAGGCAUUAAGUCUGUUUUAACCAAAUACAUCCUACGUAAUCUGCUGAAGCUAACAAAGUUGCCAUCAAAUGGGGGAUAUUCCUAGUUACAGCUGGACAGAAACACGAUUUUAAAGUCAGUCUUGAUGUGAAAGAUCCUGUGGUCUUAAUAUGACAGUGAGUUGACAAGAAUAGCAAUGUUUAUAGGAUGAAGACCUGUAAAAGCAGAUUGGC